GCCGAAAAGCGCUUCGCGGCUCGCAGCUUUGCCCAGUCCAGAGAUGGCGGCCAUGAGCCUCCUGUUCCGAACGGCGGCCCGCGCCGCGGUCCGGAGGGUGAUGACCGUCUCCGCGUGGCUCGGGCGCGCGCCGCUGCCGGGCCCGGCUGCCAGUCGCUCCGGAGUGAUCGUUCCGUUGCGCCAUGCCAGCGACACAAAAAGGAUGUUUUUCAUCAGAGCAUCACGAUUUUAUGAUAAGCGAUUUGUGAAAUUACUGUAUUGGUAUACUUCGUUAACUGGAAUCCCAGUGCUGCUUUUGGUAGCUUUUGCUAAUAUCUUUAUCGGUGAAGCUGAAUUGGCUGAGAUCCCAGAAGGUUAUAUUCCAGACCACUGGGAGUAUUAUAAACAUCCUAUAAGUCGGUGGAUUGCCCGCUACAUCUAUUACCCCCCUGAAAAGGAUUAUGAAAAGGAAAUGGCUAGGAUAUAUAUUGAAAUUGAGAAAAUGAAGUUAAGGAAGUUGGAAUCAGAGGCAUCUCAUCUGAUGUACCACAGGGGGGAUGGACCAUGGUAUCAGUUUGACGCCCCAGGCACGGCCAUGAUUGAUAACUCUCCUAAAGCAUCACCCGACUGCUGAGUUUGCUCAGCUGGAGUCCUCAGCAGGCUCCCCUACAGAGCAGUUAAAAUAUGUGAUGUAUAUCUAACGUAAAUCAAAAUGUGUGCUGUCCAGAGUUGUCACAGAGUUGUUUAAUUACAUGUGUAAUUAAAUAAACAAACAAAUGUCCUGAUUCAGUAACCCCUUGUACUAGCUGAAAUACUUUUCAUUUACUGUGCCUUUUUAAUGCGUGUGCUCCAGAAUAAAUCCCAUUCAGUUCAAUAUAGUUCAUUCAAAGCUUAUUAUUUCAUUUAUAUCCUGCAUUUCAUUCCAGAGUUCAAAGAGGCAUAGCUAGUGUUCUCUCCUCAGGUUUUGCCUCACAAUCCAAUCCUAGGUUGGGCCAAGAGAAUAACUGGCCCUGGUCAACCAGUAACUUCCGUGGCCAAGGCGAGAUUUUAAUGUGGCUUUUUCCGUACUUAGCCCAACACCUUCGCCAUUACACCACAUAGAUCCCUUUGGGACAUAGCAACAUAAAUUAUAAUGGGUACGAGAAAUAAAUUUUACUUUGUGAGUACCAAUUUCUUGCCUUUUCACUGUCACUGUGAUACUUCUUAUAUUUUAAUUAUUAAAUGGGACUUGACAUC